UGAAUCCAGAGUGAAGUGACCACAUGUCACCGGAUCAUGAUGAAUGAGAAGCUUUGUUUUUGUGUCUCGUUGCAGAUGGCACAGCAGUGGUCAGCUUGUGAAAGCUGGAAACCUCUUCUGUCUUGUCUUCGUUGUCAUCACCUUCAACUUCAUAUAUUCAAGAUUCUAUCUGGUCGACCUGCCACCUGACAAUGAAGAAGAACAUAGACAGAUCAUCGCUAUGGAUACCACACUUGACUUUGGGGCCAGACCGGAUGUUACGGCGAGAGCAUCUUGGAUGGCUCCCAUCAUAUGGGAGAACAUGUUUGACCCUCAUUAUUACGAUCAAAUACACAUUCACCUCCAUUCGUCUGUGGCACUCACUGUGUUUGCUGUUGGCAGGUACCUGGAUGCCUACAUCAAGACCUUCCUUACUUCUGCAGAGAAACACUUCAUGUUGGGCUUACCAGUGACAUAUUACGUGUUUACAGAUACGCCAGAGAAGGUACCAAACAUUGAACUUGGUCCUCUGCGGAAAUUGAAGGUUAUCGAGGUAGAAAAGCACUCGAGGUGGCAGGACAUCUCUAUGAUGCGAAUGCGGACAAUAUCAGACAUCAUAGAAUCAGAGAUUCGUCACAGCUUCAGAUAUGUGUUCUGCUUUGAUGUGGAUCAAGAGUUUAAAGGGAGAUUUGGCACAGAAGCUUUAGGGGAGUCUGUGGCCUUGCUCCAUGCGCACUAUUACAAGCUUCCAAAGUACAGGUUCACUUAUGACAAAAACCCUAAAUCCAAAGCAUUCAUGGAAACCGGAGAUUUCUAUUACCACGCUGCAAUCUUUGGAGGGUUUUGGGAAAAUGUAAAGAAUUUGACUGAUGUGUGCUAUCAGAGAAUCAUGGAGGACAAAAUGAAUAAAGUGGAGGCUCUGUGGCACGAUGAAAGUCACCUAAAUAAGUACUUCUGGUUAAACAAACCACACAGGCUGCUCUCCCCCGAGUAUUGCUGGGACAUGUCACUUCCUGCCAAGGACAUACGCAUCAGCCGUCUAAUAUGGGCAAGAAAAGAUUAUCACACACUUCGUGAAAGACAUUGAGGUUUCACUGCUGCUCCCAUCUAUUAACAUUAUCUAUUAUCUCUACUAUUACUUCUUGCACUAAGCUGCUUUUCAUCCCGUCUGUGCAAACUAAGCCAAAGAAAACUCCAAAGCGCUCUCUUUAAUUUAAAUAUAAUAGAGUGGAUCAUUUUUCUGGCCUGACUUUAUAUUUUAUGAAAUUUAAACCAAAACACGAAGCAUCACAAUGAGACCAAAACAUCCUAUUCAUAGUUAAUAUUUAAUGGACUUGUUUUCUAAAUCAUAAAAGUAUUAUAAAAUCCCUGAGUUCUGUGACAGCAGAAAAUGAGGCUUAUUUUAAUUAGAUUUGUUUGAAGUCCUUGUAAAAGGAAAAGGAUAGAUAGAAAUUGAAUUGAAAGCAUCUUUAAUGUCAAUGCUACUCUUAAUGUUGUUGUGAUUUCUCUUAAUUGCACUAAUUGAUUUGCACUUCUCGGCCAGCGUACGUAGCUCCACUGAUCCCAAAAGAUCGACAGCCAAAAUCUUAAUUUUGCAGAAGCCUGCUUAUUACACAUAAGGGUGGACAGGCAUCUUGUUUUUGUAUCUGUAUGUUAUUGUAUUGUUUACAUUUAACUGUGGCUUUUAGUUUUAAGAUUUGACAACUAUUUUUUGAUCUGUGACUAAAAAAAUAUCUUUCAAUGAUUUAUGUGUUGGGCCUGGAUGUUCACAUGUUUACAACCUCUCGAGACCACUUCAUGUCCAAGGGGGAGAUUCCAGUUGGUGGAACAUCACCAUGUGAUGACCCUGUUUUAUGGAACCUGACGUCAAAACAUGUCGUUUUAAUGGAUGUGCAUUGGUUUUUGCGUUUGACUAAAAGCUCCUCCUACAAACCUUAUAUGCGAAGUGAUCCUGUGCAAACUGUUUGAUUUAGACACUACAGAUUCUUGGUGGUGUGGGUAUCUGUCAAAGGUUAGCAGUGUAGUAUGUGGUUGAUUAUUAACAACCAGUGAUUUAUAGACACGGGAUACGAUUAAAUAAGUUGAUUCUUUUCUUCUUCCCACUCCAUUUAGAACAUAUUAACAAGUCUUUAAGUUAAGUUUAAGUUAUUUUCUGCCUGUUGUUUUGUGGGUUUUACUAUAUUCUGAAUAAAAUUCCAUCCAUUCACAAAAUCACUUCAUGUUU